AUCAAUGUUUGCUUCAAGUGAAUAUCCUCAUGUAUUCUGUGGUGUAGAUGUAGUUUAGGAAGUGUUCAAUGGAGGGACAGCGCCACCUAUUGGACAACACUAUAAUAAGACCCCCUAUGGCUGAGUAAUGCAGUAUCGACAAGUGAUAAUGUUAGUAUCCACAUGCUUAGAGUCGUCCACACCCUCAGUUGUAGUUACAAGCAAAAAAUGGAAGGAAAAUGGAAGUUGGUUAAUGGAGCCAAGAGAUGUGUUAAAAAUAAAUAAAUGAGAAACUGAAAUGGGGUUAUAGGGUUUUAAAUUCAAUGUACUGAUCGGUACCAGAAGCAAAGACAUAAAACCACUUCAACUGGAGCCACAGAAGAAUAACAAUGUAUAACCUUUGAUAACCAGUUUGGAAUGAGGGAAGUUUAGUUUUUACCGGAUUGAACCAUCAUUAUUCCCAUAACUGGUCUUAUUGUUUUUAACUUCCUGGAGAAGAAUAAACGCCAGGGGAAUUCUUCUUGACACCAAAGUGUGCCAAGUUAAUGAUGUCAUUAGGUCAAUACAAAACACUUCACACAGGUAUUACUGGUACUAUUAAUGAGAUGACAGACUUCAGUUGGCAUAUUCAAUAUUGCACCAUUAGCGGCUACAAAACACCAGAUGUAUCUCCUCAUGUACUAAACUGAAUCCAAGUAUUUCGAUCAGUGGGCGGUACUGCAGCAUCAGAAUGUAGUUCGACUACAUUUUAGAACACGAACAUGAUUCGAAAAACUACUCGGAAACAAGCACCUAAUCGUACUGCAUUGGAUGAUGGGAACUUCCAAGCAGCACAACAAAUAACAAUUCUAUUUUCAGAGGAAAGAUUGAAGAGAAAAGAUGAGCAGCUCCAGAAAAAGAUCCCAUGAGGAGGGGAAAGUACCAGCAAAGAACAAGAAACCAAAAGAAGAUGCAGUGAUUCAGCUACAUUAUGGUCUGUAUAAUCAGGGAGCCACGUGUUACCUCAACAGUGUCCUUCAAGUUCUCUUCAUGACACCAGAACUCCAUGACAGGUUGCAUUCACAAUCACCGAUUACGGAUCAAGAGCUGGGAGAAGUGUUUAAGAAAAUUAAAGUAGAAAAAUGUGGAACAGAAAACAUCACAGGGAGUUUGGGGAUUAAAAAUGUUCAUCAACAACGUGAUGCUGCCGAAUGCCUGGAGUUGAUUUUACAUAAAGUCAGUCCAAACGCCUCUGAGGUUUUCCAAGGACAGCUGACAUACAUGACACAAUGUUCCAAAGGCCACAUCAUCAACGAAGAGACAAAUCCAUUCUGGACUCUUCCACUGUCGCUAAGAAAUACCCAUGAUGCAACAUACAACGUGGAGAGAGGCUUUGAAAGGACUUUUGAGACAAAAUCAUACAGCGGAGACAACAUGGUGUACUGCAACGAGUGUGAAAAGAAAACAGAGGCGACAAGUGGAUGUGACAUGGAUACAUUUCCCCAGAUUUUGGUCCUACUCCUGAAGAGAUUUGAAUUUGACUUCAACACCAUGUCAGAUAUCAAAUCAGACUGCUGUGUGGACGUGCCAUAUACAUUACAGAAAAAGGACAAGAAGUACUCUCUGUAUGGGAUGGUGAAUCACUAUGGCAGUCUGAGGGGUGGACAUUACACCGCCACCCUCCUGUCCAAUGAGGACAAUACCUGGUAUGAGUUCAACGACGACGCCGUCAACAAGGUUGAAGAGCAACCAUUUGCAAAAACCGGGACUUAUAGUUCCAGCAGUGCAUAUCUGCUCGUGUACAGAGAAAGUCUCAAAGACGAGGGGAAAGACCAAAGAGGAAGGAUCCAUGAUGACAAAGAAAACAGGCAUGUGAGCCAAGAUCAAGACAGACAAAUACAAAUCAACUGGACAGACACAAACAAUGUGGAAAUCGUCAUGGAAGAUGAUCUCCCCAAUCCAAAAACACAGGAAGUAGAGGAAGAUCGCUUCUUUGGCAUCAAGAGGAAUCAUAUUUAUAUUGCUCUCGGCGCUAUUUCUAUUGCAUCCAUUGUGAUUGUGAUUUCUGUCGUACUUGCAACAACUCUAAAAACCUAGUAGGGAUGUCAGCUUUGAAAUGUCAACCAGCUCCAAGCUAUCAAGGUGAUGAUGAAGAGGCGAUGAUUAAACUUUCAAAACAUUAGUUGGUAAAUUGAUGGUUAAGGAACACGAUUAGGUAUCUCUAAAUGUGAAACAAUAUAUCAUAACGUUGUAUUUACUGUUUGUUAUGUCCUGUUUUCUCAGUAUGCUAUUUUGGUGUCAGAUAUUUUAAGAAACUAGCUGAUAAACUGAAUGAAUCAGGCCCACAACAAAUAAUGUUCAUGACUUUGUCUUAUGUAUAUGUAGUAUAGAUCCAUGGACUAUCUAAAUAUUAUACAUCAGCAUGGAUUUUGGAAUUGUCUGCAAUUAUUUUUUAAGUAUAAAUGGAUGGAAGUUGGAAAAUGGCCAAAUGCGUGGUGUACCACAGGGGUCUGUUCUUAGACCAUUUAUUUUCCGUUUACUUUGAUAAGGUGCAAUAGGAUUAUUAUUAUUAUACUACCUUAUCUCUUUAACUUUGCUUUUUACAAACUUAUAUCUCACGUAUAAAAGUCAAAAGUGUAUCUGUUGCACAAAUUAUUUAUUUGUAGCUAUUUUUAUUUAGAGUCCAAAUAUAUGAUACGUGUUUGUUAUGUACAAUGUGUGUCUCAGCCCAGUUAUUGCCAACAACAUUUUUGUCUACAGCACCCAAUCUGGUAUAUCAUAUUACAUCGUAACUCCUUCACAAACCUUUAGUAGAUUGGAAGACAAUGAUUUUAAUCCAGUGUCUUUAACUAUUUCUACCUAUUGUGUUUUGGGGUUUAUUCUUUUGUGACAUAUACAAAUACCAAAUAAAGCUAAACAAACUCACCCACUGA